AAACUAAAAGCAUAAUCUCAUCUAAUCAAAAACACUUACAUGAGAACCGACAGUGACGAUCACACACACGCGGAGCUUCUCAAUCACCACUUUCACGGACACCCGUCACCUUAAAUUUGGAGUCAUGGCUGAUCUGGGUAGCGAAAGAGACGGCAGAAGCAGCAGAGUCAAGGUUGAAGUGACGCCGCGGGUUUGCCUUCACGAUGUGCCCACAAGCAUCAAUGUGAGCGGUCUGACGCCAAAGAAAAACGUCACCCUCACUCUCACCACCCAUAACGACUCGGGACAUAAGUUCCACACCUUCGCCCAGUAUGUGAGUGACGAAAGCGGGAGGGUGGAUGUGGAGGAAAGCGAGGCCGUGGGCGGGGCCUACACAGGUGUUUUCCCAGCAGGUUUAUUUUCCACCCUUACUGAAUAUCCCUUCAAAUACACACGCCUCCAAAAAGAAGACUGCACUUCCCCUUGGAAGAUGACACUCUUAGUCCACGAGGGUCACCUAACCCUGGAGGAAAGUACCGUCAGCAAUGGAAUAGCUUCAGCUCUGCUGGAGCGCCACAUCAUGGGUCCUGGCGUGCGACGUGUGCCAGUCACUCACGAAAGAGUUCGAGGGACUGUCUUUUUCCCGGCUGGUUCAGGACCCCAUCCUGCAAUCGUCGAUAUUUUCGGCGGUUUCGGUGGACUUAAGGAAUACAGAGCAUCUAUGUUGGCCUCAAGGGGCUUCGCUUGUUUAGCCAUCGCCUAUUUCAACUACGAUGAUCUUCCUAAAAUAUUAACGACGAUGGACCUUGAAUAUUUCGAAGAAGCAGUGGAGUACCUCCUGAAGCAGCCUGACGUGAUCCCUGAUCGGUGUGGGGUGCUCAGCUCAAGCAAAGGAGGCAGCUUCGGGUUAGCCAUGGGCAUCCACCUAGCAAAAGUAACAGCGGUGGUGUCCAUCGGAGGGAUGUUGGUGGGUGACACGUCAACCACGUACCAAGGAAAAGAACUUUGGAAGGGUGUAACGCUUGACGCAACAUUAUAUGAUUUAGAUGAACAAAAUAUGAUCACGAUCAAAGAAAACGCCUUAAAGAAAAAAGUGACGUACGAUCACCCGUCUAUGCCACCUAUCGAGACUGCACCAGAAAAUACACAUUUCCUGCUGAUAUCCGGUGAAGAGGACGGGAUGCGCAGCAAGGUGCCCCUUGAGGCCAUAACACACCGCAUGAGGCUGUACGGUCGGGAGGGCAAAUGCCACACUGUUGUCUAUUCUGGAGCAGGACAUAUUAUUGAGCCGCCCUAUAAUACAUUCUCUGGAUACAGUAUUUAUGAUUUGACAGGGCAAAAGAUAAUAAUGAUUUGGGGUGGAGAGCCACAAGGUGUAUGCAAGGCUCAGGUGGAUAACUGGCAAAACAUGAGGAAGUUUCUAGAGAUGCACGUUCGAGAUCGCAGUCCCUGGUACGAACAGUAUGUAGGUAUGGCAAGCGGAAAGGGUAAAUUUUGAACGGCUACUUAUUUGACACUUCAAGGAAUUUAACCGGCAGAAGAGUGCCCGAAAUGCCAUAGGCAUAGCUUAAUCUUUGUUUUAUUUUUAAUGCUAUUCUGAUGACUUUUGGACAAAAAAUGACCUACCACAAAUAUUAAAGUUACGUAUUUGAAAUUCAUCUAGAAUCAUCGCCAGCAUACGUAAAGGUCACGUAGCAACACCUUACACGUGUUUAAUUAAAUGUCCAAGGGCGAAUCCCUUAAUAGGGUCGUGGCAGGUAGGCAGAGCUUACACACUUGAAUUGUAUUGCUUGUUUUCGCAGCCAGAAGUGCCGAUGAUGUCCCCAUGUCAAUGGGAAAUAUAGCUCUCAUCUAUUGGUAAAUUAACAACUCAGAGCUGUCGGUGUGGCGAGACCAGUGGUCUGAUUUUCUAUUUAAAUCGAUGUAAAUAUGUAAAAAAUCUCUCUCUCUCUCUCUCUCUCUCUCUCUCUCACACACACACACACACACACACACACACACACACACACACAUUGUCUCCCACGUUAAAAUAUUGUAAAGAGAGAAAAUAUUGAAAUAUUACGGGAUGAGUAAAAAUAUGGAAAGCUGCCCGAAUCGGAUGGCUCCAAAACUUUGCAUUUCAACUCUAGUUAAUAUUAAGUUUAAGGAAGUGACGGUCGAGCUUGUUUUUAAAGGAUUCAAUCGUGUUACACUGGACCACUGAAGGUGGGAGCUUGUUCCAUUCUCGCACUACAACGUUAAAAUUAGUGAAGAAGAAUUUUGGCAGUCUGAAUUUACAUGUCUACAUUUAAGUUUUAUACCAUUGUUCCUCGUACGCAAAGUGUCAUCGAUCAUAAACAAUUUUGAUUUGUCCACAUUCAUGAAACUAUUAAGUAUCUUAAAACAUUCGAUCGGUUUUCCUCGGGGGCGACGUUUCUCAAGUGAGAACAUGUUGAGAGCGGAAAGCCUCUCUUCGAUCGUAGGAUUUGUUGCGCAAGGAAGGGAUCAUUUUUGUUGCCCGACGCUGAAAAACCUAAUUUAGCAAUGUCCUUUGCGUGGUGGGGAGACCAAAACUGUAUCGCAUAUUCCAAGUGGGGUCUGACUAAACUAUUGUAGAGCGGAAGUAUUACAUCUUUAUUCUUGAGUAAAAAGUUUUUUUUAAUGAAGCCCAACAUUCUGGUAAAAGUGUUUUAUAAAACCUAUGUUUUUAUGUAUAUGUAUGUAUCUACCAUAUAACUCCUUCAUACAUAUACGUGCCUAGGCACUAGGCACUGGGUUGGUUGGGGAGCUUCUGGCUUUCCUUCAGUAUUUACACGUUUUAUGGUACACGUUACAUUGUCUACAAAUCCUGUUUUCCCCAAAAAGCUUUGCUUCCUAUGGGAUGCUUAUGUUAAUAAUUAAUACAAAACUUUUCAAUAAUAUAUUUAAGCAUAUUAAAGUGUUUCAAGUGUU